CUGCAAUGGACAUAGAAGAUGAGAAACAAAUGGAGAGCAAGGUCAAGUCUAAUCCAGAAAACGAGAAUUCAGAAGUGUUUAAGCUCCAAAGCAAUUGGCAAGAGGACCUUCAUGAAAACUAUCAGAAAGCUCAGCAAGACGCUGUCGAGCAAUACCAGAAGGAGAACAAUGAUAUCCAAAGUGAAAGCGAAGAUAAUAUGACAAGUGAAAGCGAAGAAGAUGAUUACGAGAACGAAGAUAAUAAUAGCAUUAAAAAGAAAAAGAAUAACUCAGACGUCCUUUCUCCUCCCCAGUUCAAAGCAAAAGAUUUCAAAAAUAAAGUAUUGAAACUUUUAUUUAACCCCAAAGACCUUACAUUUGAAAGAGACCUUGACGACUUGUCACACAUAAUGGAUAAGAAUGAUUUUAAAUAUUGGUUGUUUCUUGGAGCCUUCCUGCUAAUACACUUGGAAAGACCUAGAAUUUUAAAAAGACUAUAUGAUUAUGACAGCUGGAUUAGAAAGAAAAUAGACGAAAUCUUCCAGAAAUAUUCCAAAUUUUCAGGAGACCAAUCAAGGUUGCUCAAACAUCAAACAAGCAGUGUUUUAAACAAUACUAGAAAGGAAGAUGACAAUAAGUCACAUCAUUCGUUACGGUCAAUGCAAUCUCUAAAGAAAGGGAACGUAAAUAUGGAAGACCCUGAAUUCUUGAUGAGUUUCAAAGACAAUAAGUACAAUAUAAAGAACAUACUCAGGUCAGAAGUUGGGUCUAAAUUCAAUUCAAUGGUUCUAAAGAUCGCCUUGAUUAAAAGGCAUGAGAAGAUCUGAUGCACUGUCCUGCUUGAGUAUACCUGAAAGAUUGAAAAAUCCUACUUAAAAAUGGGUGUCACAGGAGACUUGUAUACUUUCCUACAAGUAAUGUGGAAGAAAGAUAAGAUUUAUUACAAACUGGAUGGGGACAAUUCUGCUUCAGACAAUGAUCCGAGUAAUUCUAUUGGGAAGAAGAGUACAUUUAGGAAUCCUAACAAUAAUGAAACCCAAGAUCCAAAAGGCUUGAAGUUUACUUAUGAUGAGUUCUUUAAUUUGAUCCUCAAAGUGAACCCCAAGAAUGGCCAUAAGAAGAUAAAAGAAGUAGUAGACUGGAAUUUAAACUCUCCUGGUGAAAACAUGAUCAUUUCUCUCUUGAAAGUAGGAAUGGGGAGCAUUGCUAUUUCCAAGCAGAAACAUUAUGAUUAUGACAUUGAAGAUGAUUUGUACUACUUCUGUCUUACUAAUGGCAAUGAUGACUUCCUUAGAUACGGUGUUCUCAAUGGAAUCUUUAAUUCUCUAAAUUUAUUUGACAAGGAAAAGACUAUUGAAAUGUACCUUGGAUAUCUAGAAAGAGGAGUGAAGCUAGACAUUAACUUCAAUCUUCUUUUAUAUUCUAAUAUCUCUAAGAUGAGAGUCCAGCACGUUUUUCGAUUAUUAAACAUUCUCAAAAGAAUAGUGACUGAGCCUAAUGAGAGGAACAUAAUUCUGCAUUCAUCAAACACCUUACUCUGCCUUGCUCUUUGUCAAGAAUAUUUAAUAAACAUUGGGAAAUAUGUCAAUCUGUUCAAGAAGAAGUGCAAAUGGAUUAUUCACAGACUUGACAAUCUUAUAGAGAAGAUAAUCUUCAACUUAGAUUACGAUAUGAUCGAAUCAAUCUACCUCUCCAAAGACUUUAAAGAUAGAUCACUAAUAAAAAUCGUAAAUGAGCUUGAACUAAAGUCUUUUCUGAAGUCUCCCAAAACUACAGUCCUCCUUGACACUCUUUGGGAUGGAAUUGCCUCUACAGAAUGAGAUGGUAGACUUGCAGAUUUUUCAACAAUGAAUUAUCUUCUUCAAAGCAAGACCAAGAAAAUUGAUGGAAGGAAAAUUUCACCAAGAGAUCUGUUGACAAAUCAGUUUACCAUAGUAGGGAAAGUGAAGUUCUGGUUUCAAAAUAUUUUCAGAAAUGAAUCCAUUGAUUUUCUUUUCAAAUAAAGAUUUUAUCUGUGCUACUAUCCUCGUGAUUGUUUUUCAGUUCAUAAACUUUCAAUAUCUCGAACUAUUCAGAGAAAGAGUGUAUAAAGACUUGCCAACAGAACAAGAGAAGAUUGACAAAAUAAAAACAAACAUCGAAACUUACUCUAACUAUAAUUCUUUCGGGUCUCUUUGUGCAUUCUCAUUACUUUAUUCAGGCUUCUGAAAGUGGUUAUUUAACAAAUUAUCGAAAGAAGCCUCCCUCCCUGUUGAUAAAUGGACUAUCUUAGACGUUGUAUGUGGAUUUGUGUGUGUUGUGAGUUUUAACUAUACAAGAAGCUUGACUUAUGAAAAUAUUUUUGAUAAAGAUCAAAAGAGUAUAAUAGAUUACUACAUUGUGGCUGUCCUCAUUGUCUCAUGGCUAAGAUAUUUUUCUUAUUUCCUUUUAAUUAAACCUGUAGCAAAGCUAUUCUUGACUCUUAUUCAGAUGCUUAAAGAUACUAUUUUCUUUAUGUUUGUGAUGUGCUCUUAUCUACUUCUUGCAGCAUCAAUAUUUUCUACAUUAUUUCAAGCUCAAGAUGAUGAGAAAUAUGGAUCUUUCUCAACUACUUUCAGAACAAUGUUCGAUUACACCCUCGGAAAUUAUGACUCAGAAGACCUUGAGCAAAACAAUGAUUCGCAUGAUUACUUAAUGAUGUCUCAUAUCAUUAUUUCGAAUAUUUUCUUGUUGAACUUCCUGAUUGCUAUUCUCUCCACAGUUUAUGUUACAAUGAGAGUUAUUGGAGAUUUCAAAUUUAAAGCUAAUAGAUAUUCAUACAUGGAAAAAUAUCAAUUAGCUAUGAAGGAUAAGAAGGGGCUCGAGCAGUUAGUAAUCCAUCCUGCACCACUCAAUUUACUAACAAUAUUCCUCCUUCCAUCAGCUUUCUCAGAGCAUUCCAAAACAGCAGGAGAUUCCUUCUAUAGAUGAAUGUUCUGGAUAGAUAACAUCAUUAUGUCUAUUCUCUUCAUGAUCGUACUGAUUCUCUUAAUUCCAAUAAUCUUCUGAAAGAUAUUAUACAACCUUUUCAGAUCAAUGAAGUGGUACAACUUCUUGUGGAUAGGGUUCUGGUGGAUCAUCUUUGGAACUCUUGUCCUACCCCUCUACGUACUCAAAGAUAUAAUAUACUUCUACAAAAUUAACUGAUAUGAUGGCACUAUUACUGCCACAGACGCUAAAAAGAUCCACAGAGAAGAAAAGAAACUUAAAAUUGAACAUCUGAAUAAUAUUUAUGAGGUCAUGAAAGGCAUUUUUAUUGAGAUGAAUCGUAAAAGAAAGAAAGACAAGGUAGAUUUCAAGAAAAACCAAACACUCCAAUUAGACAAAGUCAAGCAAAUAGGAUGGGAAGAAGGAGAUCUUACAAAAUACAAUAUUUCGACUUCUUUGAUAAUUAAAAUUUGGAGAAGGUACAAUGAAAAGGAUGUUGGAGAUGUCUUUAAAGAUGAACCAGAUCCUCUAAUUCCUCUGAUUGACGAUACUAAGAUCAUCCCAAAGAACAGAAAAUUUAGAAGGUUGGUUGGCUCAACCUAUAUGGAAUUGUUUGAAAAGAAUCUUCUCAAUGUCUCAAAUAUGGACAUUAACAACCCAGACAGAAAAAUAUUAGAAGAUGAUGACUAUGAGUUUGAUAAUGAAGAGGAUCAACUUAAGUUGAAUAAUGUUAAAUCCUUCAUAAUGAGAUUCAGAGAUGUCAACUCUGAAGGAGAUAUCAAUCUCCUAAACGCUUUGAAAUCUCUUCCAAAGACAAUAACCAUGAGCAAUCUUGAAAGAGUGGAAUUAAUGAACCAAAGUGUAAUUCAGGUCAGCAUUAUUUCAUUCCAGAAUGAUGAUAAAGACGAACUUUUUAAUUUCUACGAUAAGCGUGGAAAGAAAAGACUCAUAAAGAUCAGAUCUGAAAUGGAUGAGAUCAGCAAUUCUAUCCACAACUUCAAAAGUACAGUUAUCGAUUUGAUAGGAAAAGCUUCAGAAGUGUUUAACAUCCAACUAGAUGAGUCUAAAAGAUUCAUCAGAUCUGACUCAGCUGAAAUAUCUGAAUCUGCGUCAGAAUUUGUCUAAAGUUUUCAUCAAAGUCUUUGAUUUAUAAUACAAAAAUAUU